AAAAUUGGGUAUAAAAUACGGAACUGAAAAGAUUCACCAACCCCCUUGCUCCACCAGCAAUCCAUUUGCCGCUGGAACAUUGAGCCAACCAUCAUGGCAUCUUCCGCACAACGCAAAAACAAACCCUAGAAACACCAACCACUGAGAGGAAGAGAGCGAUCCUUUGAUCUGUUUGAGAUCUGAGUAGAGUCAUCCAUGGCUUCCAGGCUCUGGGGUUCAAGGGCCGCUUCAUACUUAAGGAUCUCUAUUAAACCUAGUUUCAAUUUUUACAGGCCUUUCUCUUCUGUAUUGAAAGAUUUGAAGUAUGCUGAUACUCACGAAUGGGUAAAGGUUGAUGGCUCUUCUGCUACUGUUGGAAUUACUGAUCAUGCUCAGGACCACUUGGGAGAUGUUGUUUAUGUUGAAUUGCCUGAAGUUGGAGCAACUGUGACAAAAGGUGACAGUUUUGGAGCAGUAGAGAGUGUUAAGGCGACCAGUGAUGUUAACUCACCUGUUUCGGGGAAAGUAGUGGAAGUCAACGGCGAACUCAGCAGCUCUCCUGGUCUGGUUAAUGCAAGCCCUUACGAAGAGGGGUGGAUCAUAAAGGUGGAGAUGAGCGAUCCAGGUGAGGUGAGCUCCCUAAUGGGUGCGGAUCAGUACACUCAGUUCUGUGAAGAGGAAGAUAAUAAGCAUUGAAAUUAAGCGUGCUCGUAUUAUCGUGCUUGCUGCUAAAUUUGAUAGGGUUUCCUUUUGCGGCUUGAGUUAAAAGUUUUGAAUGAUCCUCUUAUCCCAAUUUUGGUGGGCAUCGCAUGCGUGCCUCCAUAUUUCCGGAGUUUCAAAUAAAAUUUGUUUCGCAUUUCUGGAAUUGUUAGCUCUUCUGGAUUGUCAUUGUAAUUGAACUAUUCAUUUAUGAGGUGCUUCUGUGUGUUUAAUUUGCCAAAAUAAUCCGCAGUGACAUUUUUUUUUA